UGGAAAGCAAUCGAGGACCCCAUCAUCCCCGGCUGGGAUGGGAUGGACCACAUGCAUGCUGAAGGGAUAAGGAAAAUCACAUCCCGUAGAUAGAAAAGAAAAUGGAUUGAGAGCUGAUCGAUAAGGAAGAAUUCAAAGCACAAUAAGAAUGUUAAAUAUUAUUCAUCACGGGGCACUUUGUAAUAGAAGCACCUCAAUAGCAACAGGAACAGGAAUAGGUCUGGGAAAUGGAGGAGGAGCAGUAGUAGUUAAGACUAAGAGCGGCAAGAGAAGCAGCGCCUGCAGCAAAGCUAGCCAUAGGGUUGGGCUUGGGCUUGUGCUUGCUGGUACAAGUGCUAGUGCGGCUGGGAUUGUGGUUGCAGUGGCAGUGUUAGCUUCGUGUUUUUCAUGUUCAACAUUUACAGCAGCAGUAUUGGCACUGGACACUGCCACAGAGACCGAGUCCACAGAUACACUAUCCAAUGUUCCCCAGACACUUUCUGGGGAUGAUUGCAAGAAGCCGUUAAGAAUCCAACGUCCCAAAUCAAAAAAAGCAGAGUCUUGCACCAUCAAGUGCCUCACUACUUGUAUCCGAGGUGGACAAGGCUCCCCUGGUGAAGGCCCUUUUAACGUUAGGAGGCCUCUUGUUGUUUUCAAACAAGGGUUUCGAAGCCGUCGAUACUGUCUUGUGGAAUGCUCAGAUAUCUGUAAUUUAAUUGGAGAUGGUGAAGAUGGACCUUAAAGCACUAAAUUAUUAUAUUUGUAUUGGGCGAUUUUGGCAUCUUCCAUAUCUUGUUUAUUUAUUUACUCAUUUAGUAAAUUAUAUAUAUGUGCAUAUAUGGAAUUUUCUUUUUUUC